AUGCUUCUUAGACUGAGAGGGCCCGACGGCAUGAGCCGUUUGACCAUCGACAAGGACGCCUCAUUUGGCGAGCUUGGUAGAUUGCUGCUUCCGACCCUUCCAAAAACCGUUGACCCGAACACCAUCACACUUUCCAAUGCCCCGACAGGCGGCGAUGCCAAGAACCUGACCGAUAUUGCAUCUUUCAAGGUCGGGCAAAUUGGACUGAAACAUGGCGACCUCAUUUUCAUCAGCUAUCGGCACCAGGACAGCCAGGCGAAUGGUGAUACCAACGGCACCCAGCCGCCCCUCGCAUCGUCGAACCGCCUCAACGGCAAGCCAAUCCUCCCCACUGAAGACCUGCCAAUCGAUCCCUUGCCUGUGACAUCGCCGUCCGAGAAAAUCAAGAAUCCCUGGGAAGUGGUCAAGCAGCACCCGUUGGACGAUCGCCUAGAUAAGAAGGAUGGCAAGAUCCCGAGAGGACGCGACAAGAUGUGCCGCCAUGGUCCGAAGGGCAUGUGCGACUACUGCAUGCCUUUGGACCCUUUCAACGCCAAGUACCUCGACGAAAAGAAGAUCAAGUAUCUGUCAUUCCACUCAUAUCUUCGUAAAAUCAAUUCCGCCACGAACAAACCCGAGCUCGGAAGCUCUUUCAUUCCACCCCUGGCCGAACCAUACUUCAGAGUCAAGCGAGACUGCCCUUCCGGGCACCCUCAGUGGCCUGAAGGUAUUUGCACCAAGUGCCAGCCCAGCGCCAUCACGCUGCAGCCUCAGUCAUUCCGGAUGGUCGAUCACGUAGAGUUCUCGUCACCAGUAAUUAUCGACACCUUCAUUGACGCAUGGAGGAAGACGGGCGGCCAAAGACUGGGUAUCAUGUACGGGCGGUACACUGAAUACGAAGUUGUGCCUCUUGGUAUCAAAGCAGUAGUGGAAGCCAUCUAUGAGCCACCUCAGGUUGACGAGGUGGAUGGCAUCUCGCUGAACGCCUGGGAGAACCAGAAUGAUGUCGACGAAGUUGCACGGUUGUGCGGAUUGCAGCAGGUUGGCGUCAUCUUUACUGACCUUCUCGACGCUGGGGCUGGUGACGGAUCAGUUGUGUGCAAGCGACACGCUGAUUCGUACUUUUUGUCCUCUCAAGAAAUCUGUUUCAUCUCACGCUUGCAAGCUCAGCACCCGAAGCCUACCAAGUGGAGCGAUACUGGGAAAUUUGGCUCCAACUUCGUCACAUGCAUUAUUUCAGGCAAUGAGUCGGGAGAGAUAUCAAUCUCAGCAUACCAAGCAUCUAAUGAUGCCGUCGAGAUGGUACGUGCGGAUAUCGUCGAGCCCUCGGCCGAUCCCAACGCCAUGCUCGUCCGGGAAGAAGAGGAGGACGACGGAUCUACCAGCCGAACCAGAUACAUCCCUGAGGUUUUCUACCGCAGGAUCAACGAGUACGGCGCUAACGUCCAAGAGAACGCGAAGCCCACGUUUCCUGUCGAGUAUCUUUUUGUGACUUUGACACACGGUUUCCCGGACCAUUCCAAGCCCACCUUCACACAACUAGGUUUCCCCAUCGAGAAUCGCGAAUAUAUGGGCGAAAGCCAGGAGCACUCUGCUGCAUCUAGGCUUCUCAAGUUCUCCGGAGGCCAGAAGCCGGCGGAAGGCGGUCUGGAAACGUCCAACUUCCAUCUGCUGUGUUUCAUCCACCAGAUGGGUAUCCUUUCGAAGGACGAGGAGUCGCUGUUGUGCCGUGUUGCAUCGCAGCACGACCUCGCUGAUACCUAUCAGCUGCGAUCUACCGAAGGCUGGCAGACUUUGCAGGCCAUCCUGCAAUCGACCGGUGAGCGAAUCCCCAAGCGCCCACGGCAGUCCGAGGGCCAUCCCGCUUCCAAUGAAUUGCAUGAUUCUUCUCGCCGCCAGUCCGGCACCACGGAACCACUUGCUAAACGAUUUGCUGCCUUCAGGCUGAACGAGCGUCGCCCACCUCGGUAA